AUGACUCACUCACAGGAAAGCAAGAACUUUCACAAGGAUAACGUGGCGAACGACGUCUUUCCACCUUCGUCUUGGCUUGGAUACGGCAUUGAUCUUACAGCCGUGGGUCCCAACGACAUCAAUGCUUUGACCGAAGCAAUCCUCACCGCCUACGCUAUCAUUCCCACGUCUCCGACAACUUCAGUGGUUGACGUGGCCGAUGUCAAAUGGAGCAAACCUGACAAUGUGAACGUCGCUGUUGACGUUGCAUCCAGUUCCUCUUCGCUCAACUCUUGGAAGGACGGAACCUCGACAGCAGAGGCUCUCAAGGCUGAUGCUUCAUUGUCUGCGCAGUACAUGGCCAUCUCGGGUGACGCAUCGAUCAGUUACUCUGUCGAUCAAUCCUUUGAGGAGAAUCGAUCUUACUCUUUGUUCAGCUACAACCAAACUGUUGCAGAUGUCAAGUUCAAGUCUUAUGGACAAUCUAUUGAUAAGACCACUCUUGCCAACGCCAUCUCUGGCCUCAAUCUGCAACCUUGGGAUCCUGCCAACAAAGAUGUGGUCAAUUCUUACAAGACGUUAUUCAAUGUUCUUGGCAGUCAUAUCGUUGUUGGUGCUACGUACGGAGGUAGAUUCCAAAUGACCAUCUAUGCCUCAAACUCGGAAUCUUCUUACGAAAAUGAAGUGACUGCAGAUCUUAGCGUCGCUUACAACGGUCUCGUGACUUCUGGCAAGAUCGACGCUUCCGUGAAAUCGGAAGACCAGUACAAAUCAUAUUCCGAGGAGGUCAUGCAACAAGUCUCAUGCCAGGGUGGUAAUCCCAGCCUGUCCGCCAAGUUGAAUUCUAGCUAUCAAGCAGAUGACAUCUACUCAACUUUCCAACAAUGGGCCCAGGGUUCAGCUCUCAAUCCUGGCGUCAUGAACCUCCAAGCGUCGCCUCUGUGGACGGUUAUGGCUGCCACUUUUGACCCGGAUCUUCUUAAGCACUCAAACGAUGUCAAGAACGCAUUCUACUGGAUUUUGGAGAAUCCAGCACCGCAUUGGACUAAAGGUGUCGUCACUAUCAAUUCAGAUUGGGGCGAGUUCGGUAUCACCAGUCCCAGUGGAUAUAUCAUCCAAGAUCCUGAUCAGCCUCCAACCGUUGACAAUCUCAUUUUCAGCGGCACCAAGAUCCAAUGGGGCAAAGAACAUUCUCAUGCUUUCCAGCGAGAUGUCACAAUCCACUUCAUUAUCGUCAAUGAUGGUUCUGGCCUGAAUUUCGAACUUUCCCAUGGAUCAGAUGGCGCUUCUUCAGGUAGCGGUCGUAUCGAUGUCACUUUCAACGAUAAAACCUAUACUGCUUCGACAGUCACGGAUGACAACUGGAACACUCAAUUCUUCUUCAACGAGCCAGUCAAUCAGAAUGAACACACCUUGACCCAGGACACCGUCUCCACAGGCGGCUUCUCAGGCACCAAUUGGGACAAGAAGUUCAUCUACGAUACUACAGACAGACAGAGACCACAAGGCCUGACUGGAGAGGAACCAUACAACAAGCAUGAAGCUCAUGAUGCGAAGUAA